AUGGAGGUUUCCACCGUGCCCUGCACCCUCUGCAGGAAGCGCCGUGUCAAGUGCGACAAGCGCCUGCCCGGCUGUGAGCGAUGUGAAAAGUCGUCUCGCUCAUGUCCUGGCUACAACCAUCUUCGCAGGUUCCUCGAUGAGAGCCAGAACCUCCGCAAGAAGUUCUCGUCGGCCAGUGCCAGCCCGCAGGGAAGCAGCCUUGCCAAACCCGUAAAUUCACACCCUGUGACUCAGCCGUCUUCUGCUUCAUCGCCGUUCCUUGGCUCCUUGGAUACGGCAUCACUGCCCACGGCAACAACAACACCAGGUGAACCUGAGCUUGGCCGGACACAGGCCGAAGCUUCAACCCCAACUGACGCUCGAGCUCAAGUACAACAUGAGGCUCUACAAGACUCUGGUCUGGAGGGGCCACCGCCGGGCAUCCCUCCUACCCAUCAAGGGAUACCUGACCCUUCGUUUCUCACCACUGGGAAUAUCUCUGACACAGACUUUGAAGCCAGCUUCUUCGAUAUUGAUCCUCAAAUAUACUUUGCCGACGGGAACAACUGCUGUGGAUUCAUACCUUCCCUUUCUUUGAUAAAUGAUGCCAAUGGCCCGCAAGGACCGUCGCUCUCCUGGCUUGGCGACGUUAAUCUGGAAGGAUUCGCACAAUCUGGAUUCGACAUGGACGCAGAUCGAUCAGAGAGAUCAGAGAGGUUAGAGACGGAACAGUCAUCUCCGAUGCCUGACUCUUCGAAUGAGACCGACCAGGAAACUGCAUAUCUCAUACGAUAUUUUGCAGAACGAAUCAGCCCGUGUCUGGAUGUCUUUGAUAUAGAGCGAUUUUUCGGACACAUUGUGCCCAUCAAGGCAAUAAGGAGCCCUCUUUUACAAAACGCUUUGGCCGCCAUCGCGGCUAAGCAAUUCGGGAAGACGAAGCGAGAUACCUACACGUCAAACCAUCAGACCCCUGGCCGGUCGAUGCUGGAGCAGUACUCUGACACGGCUCACAUUGACUGGUUCUACAAGGCGGCGAGCUUUUACGACAAAGCCAUCGGCCACAUGAUGAGACUGCUGCAAACGCUCCGUGACGGCAGCCCUUCGCCAUCACCAGCAGCCACACCAUCGUCCGUGGACAUGCCGUCGAGCUUGCAUUCGGCCGUGUCACCCUCGUUCAAGAGGCGCCGAGUUGGAAGUGACCAGGGCUCUCAUAACGUUGUGGACGAUCUUCUGGCGGCAAUAUCUGUAUUCCUUCUCUACGAGUCUCUUGACAAUCGCCUUGCAGAAGUCUCCAGACACAUGUCUGGUGCUCAGUAUCUCCUGACUUUCAACCUGAGACAGAUCUUCGAAAAUACAGAGUUCAACAUACGCGGCGGAACAUAUGGACUACACACUCGAAGAGCAUGGCAAGCGUCAUUUUGGAACAUCGUCUGCAUUGACUGGGUCACAUCUUACGUCGAACAGACCACACCGCGCAUUGACAUAGAAAACCUUGAGCUCUGGAAAGCUGCCGGGCUGCCGCUAUGUGCCGUUGAUGGAAUUCACAUGCCUGUUUCUCUCUGCAACGACGAGAACUCGGGCCACCAUAUGCAAAUGACGGAGACGGUGGCCUGCAGGACCUUGAUAUGGGUCAUGCUGAAGACUUUGGCAUUCGUGGCCACGGAAAAGGGUGGCGACAAAUUAGCAGAAAACAGCCCGCCGGGAGUUGGCAAGGCGAAUCGGAGUCGCUGGGAUACCAUCUCUCAGCAUCUCGACAACUGGUGUGCCGCGCUACCAGAUACCUUUGAGCCCUGCGCAAGAAUAGCCCAGAGAUACAACAACAUCCCCACGCCUUCGGACAACAUGGCGCCCAGGUCGGAAUUUCAAAGUGUGUUUCAGGAGCUCUUUUACGCCAACGCCAUGUGCGCAACAGCUGCAGUCCUGUAUCAUUUCGUGCAGCUCCUUCUGUUGCUUCACAAACCGCUCAACCAGAAGCUAUCAGAGACACAUCCAGAAUUUGUGGCCAAGCGCCUCAAUGCGUAUCGCCAACUGUCAUCCCAGAUUGAGGGACAUGCUACCGAGAUAUGCGCAAUAUCCCUGGGGCGACCAGACGAUCCUGUUCGGCUUCAUAUGGUGCAACCGCUGUAUAUAGCUGGGCUUUGCUUCGAGACUCAUGAGCAGAGAACGGCUUUGGCUCAGCUGCUUACCAGUAUUCAAAGAGAAACCGGGUACUCAACGGCGGAGAGAGUUGCAAAUUUGCAACAGCAUUGGGGAUGGGAUAACACGCCGCCAGCGCUUGACGUGAUAUGA